GUUUUAGUUGCCGUUAAAACGAAACGUAUAGGAGUGGUGUGCGAGAACUCUCGGUCUGUGAUGUUUUUCGCGAAAACACCGUAAAAACCGUCCGCAAUCGGUGGUUUUAAUCGCAAAACGAAUCGCCGAAUUGUUUUCUUUCUAAAUGUGUAAAAGUGUCCGAUCGCGUUUAACGGUGUAAACAUAAAUUAACGGUUUCCUAAAAUCGGUAGCGGUUUCUAAACUAUUAGGGAAAAAAAGAUAAUUAAAAACGGAACAACAUCAUGUUCCGGUGUAUACCUAUCUUUAAAGGUUGCAAUAGGCAAAUUGAAAUUGUCGACAAACGGCAUUGUAGUCUCCCGAAUGUACCGGAGGAUAUUUUACGGUAUUCGAGGAGUUUGGAAGAGCUUUUACUCGAUGCCAAUCAUAUUAGAGAUUUACCCAAGAAUUUUUUUCGAUUAAAUCGAUUGAGGAAACUUGGUCUCAGCGAUAAUGAAAUACACAGGUUACCACCGGAUAUUCAGAACUUUGAGAAUCUAGUCGAAUUGGAUGUUUCACGAAAUGAUAUACCAGAUAUACCCGAAUCAAUAGGUGCUCUAAGUUCACUUCAAGUCGCCGAUUUUAGUUCGAAUCCAAUACCAAAACUGCCGCCAGCUUUCAGCAAGUUAAAGUCAUUAACCGUGUUAGGUUUGAAUGAUAUGUCCCUGACAUCUUUGCCUGCCGAUUUCGGACAUCUCACCUCGUUAACUUCUCUAGAAUUGCGAGAGAAUUUACUGAAAGAGCUACCCGCAUCGCUUGCUCAACUAACAAAACUCGAACGCCUCGAUUUAGGUGAUAAUGAAAUCGAGGAAUUACCGACCCAUAUCGGACAAUUACCGGCUUUACAAGAAUUGUGGUUAGAUCAUAAUCAAUUACAACGAUUACCGGGUGAAAUUGGUAAUUUAAGAAAUUUGAGUUGUUUAGAUUUGUCGGAAAAUAGGCUGGAAUCUUUGCCCGAAGAAAUCGCCGGGUUAGAGAGUUUAACAGAUUUGCAUUUAUCACAAAAUGUUUUGGAAACACUUCCGGAUGGGAUCGGAAAAUUGGAUAAAUUAACGAUUUUAAAAGUCGAUCAAAAUCGCUUAGCCAUUCUCAAUUCGAACAUCGGUUAUUGUUCGAGUCUUCAGGAAUUGAUUUUAACUGAAAAUUUUUUAAACGAAUUACCUAGAGAAGUUGGAAAACUAAUUAAAUUAACGAAUUUAAACGUCGAUAGAAAUAGUUUAAGUUCGAUACCGGAGGAAUUGGGAAAUUUAAGGGAAUUGGGCGUUUUGAGUAUGCGCGAUAACAAACUGACUUUACUUCCGGAUACGUUGGGAAAUUGCGAAAGGCUACACGUUUUGGAUGUAUCCGGAAAUCGACUGCCCUAUCUCCCCGUUUCUUUACUCCAGUUGCAAUUGAAAGCGGUUUGGUUGAGUGAAAAUCAAGCGCAACCUAUGUUAACGUUUCAAACCGAUACCGAUCCGGAUACAGGAAAUACAGUUUUGACUUGUUUUUUAUUACCUCAACAGCAAUAUCAACCAACUAUAGCCUCUUUAGAUGGUCGUUUGUAUCGUUGUGAUGUUACCCCGAUUUUGUCUAACGGGGGAAUUGCUCCAUCCCCAGAUGACACCCGCGAUGAAGAUAGCGAUUGGGAGGAAAAGGAGGCGAGUAGAACGCAUUCGGUCAAGUUCAGCGAUCCCCAAGAUCAGGAUAACAGAGAGACUCCUUUCGUUCGACAAAACACACCGCAUCCACGCGAACUUAAAGCGAAAGCACAACGUUUACUUGCUAAAGGACAGAGUUCGUUGGAAGACGCCGAUCUUCAUUCGACGGAAGAAUCUUCCGGGCCGCCAAUCGUUGAAGCCAUCAAUCAACAAGUUGAAGACAAUCGAAGGAAGUUUGAUGAUGAUGAUGGACUUCAAGAGAAUCGAGUAGAAAAUCAGUUAGUGAAUCGAAUUGAAAAUCAAAUUGAAAACCGGUUGGAAAUUAGACAAGAAAUUAUAGGAAACGGAAAUAACGAAGGUGCAUCUAGUAGUGCAGAAGAAGACGAUUCCGAAGAGGAGCUUGUGACGAAAAGGGUGGGGUUCAGGGGGGCGGCGGCGGUGGCAGAACAAGCCCCCGAUGGGGGCGAAUCGGCGAGACCAAGCCGUCUUCACCGAAGAGAUACGCCACAUCAUCUUAAGAACAAGAGAGUUAACGCAGCCGUCGUCGACAAAGAGAAGGUCGCUUCGAUCAUCGCGCAGGCGCUUAAGAAAAAGGAGGAUGAUAUCGACAGAAUGAGUACCUCAACACCACCCGAAUCUGUUGAUGAAAGAAGCACCAGUAGUCAAGCUGGUGAUUCAGAUUCGGCAACCGUAGAACUGCGCGAGGAAAAAUACGAGAUCCACAUAGAAAAAUCUCGUGCCGGUCUCGGAUUAUCGAUAGCGGGUGGUCGUGGAUCGACCCCAUUCAAAGGAGACGACGAGGGUAUCUUUAUAUCUCGUGUAACAGAUGGGGGUCCGGCCGAUUUAGCUGGAUUACGUGUCGGAGACAAAGUGUUAACAGUAAACGGUGUAAACGUAAUUACCGUAAGCCAUUACGAUGCGGUCGAAGUCUUAAAAGCUUCCGGUAGCAUUCUCAUCCUCGAAAUAAGUCGAGAAGUCACCCGAUUGGUGAAAGAACCGCAACAGGAUGUGCGAAAAAUAAUCCCGGCCCCGUUAAAAAGUCUUAACGCCGAAUCAGUUUCCCCAAUUCCGACUCAAAAACUUCUUAUUCAUACGACUUUAAUAAGAGAUUCGAGAGGAUUAGGAUUUAGCAUCGCUGGUGGGAGAGGGUCACCGAAUUUUAAACCCGAUUCGGAUGCUAUUUAUAUAUCUAGAAUUACAGAAGGUGGUGUUGCUUGUAAAGAUGGGAAAUUAUCGGUUGGGGAUAAAGUGACUUCUAUAAAUGGGAUUGAUUUAAAUGGGGCUACUCAUGAUAUGGCGGUGAGUUUAUUAACGGGAUUGGAGAGAUUUGUUCGGUUGGUUGUUGAGAGAGAAAUUUCUGGUUUGGAAUCGAGUCCUUCACCAAGUCCGGGACCUCAACAAAGUCCUAGAUUAUUUGGAUUGCCAAAACCUUACACGGGAUUGUACAGCUCGAACAGUUAUUUAGCUAAUCGACCCGCUUUUGGAUCGUAUAGGAAAUCAGCUGAAAUUGAAAAAACGAAUUCCCCAUCUCCAACCGAAAAGCAACCACAACAACAACAAAAACCACCCCAACCAAAUGGUUUAGAUUCAAAACACAACCCACAAAAUAAAUCUCCGACACCACCCCCUAUAUCAACGACUCCUCAACCAACGGGAGCUCCACAACCGGCUCCUCGUCGUCUCAAUUCAACGUCUGGUUCAACAACAAAUCCAAUCGAUCACCAACAACAACAGGAUCAUUCAACAACAACCGAAAAUCACCAUAAGAGGGCGACGCCGACGUCUUCAUUGGAAGACGAUGCUCAGGUACUGCCGAGGCCCAUAACGAACGAAGAUUUUCAAGCCAUGAUUCCAGCCCAUUUCCUAAAAACCACAUCCGGUAAUGCCGCCACGAACAAUUCCCGCCCAAAUGACAAUAAAUCCUCCUCUCGCGAGUCCUCGCCGAACUCUUCAGAAUGUUGUCCCGCCCCUACGACCGUAUCCGUUACAAUUCGAAAACCGGACGCGGCGGCGGCCGUCGAGUUUCCGCCGGCGCCGACCGGACCAGGCCGAGUCACCGAGACCAUCACGAAGAGCACGUUUACCGAGACGGUCGUGACCAGGAUCACGGACAAUAAGCUGAUGGUGCCGGUUAUCAUUGAGGAUGUCAUCUUGAACAAAGCCAGCGGUUCCCUUGGAUUCAGUAUUAUCGGUGGAACGGAUCAUUCGAGCAUUCCAUUUGGUGCCAAGGAACCUGGAAUAUUUAUUUCACACAUGGUUCCUGGAGGUGCAGCUGCAAAUUGCGGGAAAUUACGCGUCGGUGACCGAAUCAUCAAAGUGAACGGAGUCGAUGUGACCCAAGCGACGCACCAAGAAGCCGUUAUGGCCCUUUUAAAACCCGACGAACAAAUUACUUUAACAAUACGACACGAUCCUUUACCAGACGGGUUUCAGGAAUUUACAAUAGUAAAAGCGGAAAACGAAAAACUCGGUAUGCACAUAAAGGGCGGUCUUCAGGGGCAACGCGGAAAUCCUUUCGAUCGCACCGAUGAGGGCGUUUUCAUCUCGAAAGUGAACACGGGCGGUGCCGCUCGGCGAGAUGCGCGAUUACGAACCGGAAUGCGAUUAAUUGAAGUUAAUGGGAAAUCGCUUUUGGGGGCGACGCAUCAAGAAGCGGUCAAUGCGUUAAGAUCUUGCGGAAAUCAAAUCCGACUGGUUGUUUGUAAAGGUUAUGAUCGGGCGGAAGUCGAAAAGGCCAUCGCUGAAGGUCGAUUAACAAGAGCUGGAUCAGUUAGUAGCCGAUCACAAAGUGUUAAUUCGUUAGAUUUUGUUGACGAAGAUAGUAUUCAGGAAAGAGUAAUGCAAUCAGAAUUGAUGCAAUUUGAAAGAGAAGAUGCAGAAAAACGGCUUCGUCUACCUGAAAAAUCCGAAGAAGAUUUAUCAAUAGUUGAGGCGAAACCGUCAACACCCGCAGAUAAAGUAAUGGAUGUGGUGAGAGCGGUAGAGACCUUAGCUCAUGGCCCGGAAGCGCUGGUGCCGCCGAAAAGCCCUGGCGGGCAAAACGCGGAGUUAAAAACGACCACAAUCGUCAUGAGCAAACACACAUUAGCCACUCAAAACUCAACGACAAUGAGGAACAAAUAAAUAAGUAAACG